UGUGAAAUUGGGUAGGAGUCGAGAUGCCAUUGGAACGCCGACUCGAGGAACCAUCCACGCGAGCCACUCCGUUCGACGGUUUCCGGAGACGUUCUCCUUCUCCGCCGUCAGCGGCUGGUGGUGUUCUCAGAUUCGUGCUUCUUCCGCCCUUCUUCGUCUUGUUCUUUCGUCCGUGAUGUUCUAAUCGAAGAGCAUUUUGCUUGGGGAAGAGAGAGAGAAAGGCAUACGAUUCUUAUAGAUCUUAUGCGAUAUUUCAGCUCUGCCCAUGGGAGGCAGAUUAUCGAAGUCCAGAGGGUCUAAUCAUUAUCCGCAAUAUGUAUCUACGACUUCACGGAGCACUUCGAGGUACUCAUCACACCCGGGGGCACAUGACCUGCCCAGGGCGACAGGGAUGUUGCAGAAGAAGUAUUCGAAGAUAGGCGAUGAUUACGACUCUGUUGAACAGGUAACAGAAGCUCUUUCAAAUGCUGGUCUUGAAUCAUCUAAUCUGAUUGUUGGCAUUGAUUUUACAAAGAGCAAUGAGUGGACAGGUAAGGUUUCUUUCAAUCGCCGAAGUUUACAUGAUAUGGAUCAUUUUCCAAACCCUUAUGAAAAAGCAAUAUCAAUCAUUGGAAGGACUCUCUCUGCAUUCGAUGAGGAUAACCUUAUUCCCUGCUUUGGAUUUGGAGAUGCAACCACUCAUGAUCAGAAAGUGUUCAGUUUUUUUCCAGACAACCGACCGUGUAAUGGCUUUGAGGAAGCACUUCAAAGAUACAGAGAAAUAGUUCCACAACUUCGUCUUGCUGGUCCAACAUCCUUUGCUCCAAUAAUUGAAACAGCUAUCAGCAUCGUAGAUCACAGUGGUGGCCAGUAUCAUGUUCUUCUUAUUAUAGCAGAUGGACAGGUUACACGUAGUGUGGACAGAGAUCGUGGUCAGUUAAGCUCACAAGAGAGAGAUACUAUAAAUGCUAUUGCUAAAGCUAGUGAUUAUCCACUGUCAAUAGUUCUUGUUGGAGUCGGUGAUGGUCCUUGGGACAUGAUGCAGCAAUUCGAUGAUAACAUACCUUCUAGGGCAUUUGAUAAUUUCCAGUUUGUGAAUUUUACAGAAAUCAUGUCGAGAAAUAUCACCAGUAGUAGCAAAAUGGAGGCGGAGUUUGCACUUGCAGCUUUGAUGGAAAUUCCUUCGCAAUACAAAGCAACACUGGAUCUCCAACUUCUCGGUAAUCGUAGAGGAAUCGAGGAAAGGUUUUGUCUUCCGCCACCAGUGAAUGGUAAUGGUUCGACUGCAAAACGCCCAGAAUCAAGCAUUACUUAUCGGAGUACUGGAUUGAAAAAAAGCAUCCCUGCUGAGACAUCAGAGAGUUCUACAGAAGAGAGAAAGAUCUGUGGCAUAUGUGGGUAUCUAAUGAAGAACCUAGCUUUCGGGUGUGGGCAUCAGGUACAUAUAUCUUUUCUUUGCUGCUUGCGAUAUCUGCGACAUGUACUAACAAUGUCUUGUGUAAACAGACUUGCUAUGACUGUGGGAAGGAUUUGAAUGUCUGCCCAAUUUGCUCGAGCCCGAUAGCCAAGAGGAUUAAACUCUAUUAACACUCAAGAUGUAAUGUUUAAAGGAGCUGUCGGCCUUGUCUCGGCAUUGCCAUAAAGGCUUCUUUGAACUCGUAUGGUUGUUGCUGUUGUUCUGAUAUGUUUAUGGUGUACAUGCGAUCUACUAAUGAAUUGUGUAUAUUGUUGGGUUGCAGUUUUAUUUUUGAUUUUGUAAUUUAUGGUUGUCUACCUAAAUACAUUGGCUUUUCUUCUUC